AUGUCUCCAAGUUCAAACACCCACCCACCCAGGCCGACGAGUGCUACACUCUACGAACUCCCACCGGAACUAGUGGACAUAAUCUUCGGAUAUCUAUCAGCAGCCGACAGAUUAUGCUUCAGAACGACUUGUACGCACUUCUCCUCAAAAUAUGCCUCGCCACUCCUGUAUCCGAAAAAGAUUCGACGAGAAUCACCAGAACGUUUUCAACUUGAAGACCCCUCGCCUCAGGUUCAAGUUGAUCAUGACUAUAUUACUCCAAAAGUGGAAACAGAGACAGAAAGUCCAGACAAACAUGCCGGUGCCACUGUCAGUGAAGGGGCCAACCCGACCACCCAGCCACACGAUCAAAGAAACCGGGACAAACUUCGCUCUCGAUUGAAAGCUAUCUAUUCGAGACUUCUUGUUGCUUUGUCGAAGCGUCGUCCGACGAAAGUACCCGCCACUGCCAAACUAUGCAAGGAAGCCAAGGCCCUCGCAAAGCGCGAAAGAAAAGCAUCCAAACCAAAACCAAAACCUACCCCCAUUGUCAAGAAAAGUCGCUCGACUCGGACUAGAAGUCGGUGGGUUACUCCUGCAUCAACAGACUGGAACUGGAACUCAUGCUACUUUGAUAGUGCUCCGGCGUCCACUGGGUGGGACUUCUCCAGUUCAUACUCGUACUGUGAUACAUCUAGCUAUUUUUGCGACACUUCGGCUAUGGAUUGUUGUAGUUAUGAUGACUGCUCCUAG